AUGCCUGCGCCGAGGCCUGCGCUGAGGCCAUUGUGCGUGCCUGUACCACUUAGCAGACGGGUCUGGAGAUGCAGCAGCGGGUCUCCGGAAGAUGAGGAUUUUAAGGCACCAAUCCCUACCGCUCAGCCCCGAGUUGGCGAUGCUCUAUAUCCUCCGGCUUCGAGGGCGCCAGAGGAGUACUCGUUUGCUUUUGAGCCAAUUGACCCGAUGUUUGAUAGGGAGGAUACGGUCGACGCAUUCAAUUCGCUGCUCGGGAGGCAGAAUGGGGCAUCUUUCGUCGUGGCUGUGGGCCCUCCAAGCACUGGGAAGUCGACAAUUUUGAAGCGACUGAAGCAGGAGAAUGAGCUUGCCAGGGCGAUGGGAAAGAAUGUUGCCCCUAUGAUCCUCGUCGAUUGCAGGCGCAUCGACGUGAGCACUCCUGAAGCUUUCGCCAAUGCAGCCCGGUCCCAGCUUGGAGGGUGGUACUGGCAAGUCCGCCGCUGGUUGGGCAGACUGACCCCGAACCUGCCCUGGGUUAGCGUUGACAUGAGCCGCAAGGAGGAGGGUCUGAGUCGCUUGUUCUCGGACCUUGAAGCCUUUGCUGCGCAUCUCCCGCCCUCCUUCAGCCGUCCGUCGCUGGUCGUCGACGAGAUUAACAUGCUGCAAGUGUGGGCCAAGAACAGGGAGGACGCUCUGCGGCAGUUCAUCGCCUUCUGUGUGGCAAUGUCGAAGCAGGAGGGCAAAAUCAACAUCAUAUUCUCGUCAUCUGAUACCUUCGUCUUCUAUUGGCUGGCUGACUUCGGGCUGAGGCGGGAGGCGCACACGGUUGUCACGGUUGACAAUCUGGGCGAAGACGAGACGCGGCAGUACCUCAUCACGUAUCUACUCCCGAGGUCUUCAGCCCCAUUAGCGCGGAAGGAAGAGAUUGCCGCGCGCUGGAACGAAGUCUUCGCGGUGACGGGUGGGAAUAUGGGGGAGGUGAACAA